UUGUUUGACUUGCACUCCAAAUUAGGAUAUAUCUAAGAAGAAAACUGUAAUGUUACAAUUUUUUGUAUUCUAGAGGUAAUAGGGUUUGCCUGUAUUAUUAGUUAUAAAGAAUUAAAUGUUUUAGUUAAAUAAUGCAUUGAAUAUACUACAAAAAUGAUGCAUGUUGACAGUAUAUUAGCAGGAUUAGCAGGACUAAUAUGAACAUGGAUGGACUGCAAAGAGGCCUUGCUACUUUAACAAUAAGGGAUGAAAAACCGAUCUCGCCUAAAGAAAUUGAUAACAUAGCUACACGGCUAAAUGAUGACUGGCUCAGCUUUGCUCGGAAGGUACCUUCUAUGCCAUCGCAUGAAAUUGAAAAUAUUGAAAGAACUUUUCAAAAUGCGAAAGAAAAAUGUUUUGCAGUGUUUAAAGUUUGGGAUCAAAUAUCUGAUGUGGAAAUCACAGUUGGAAUGGUGAAAAUCAUAUUAAUGCGAAUGCAAAGGAAUGAUAUAUUGUUAGAUGUUUUUAAUGUUAAUGUGGGGAAUAACCAAAUACAAGAGAGGCAACCUGAAAGGCAGCCGGUGGAUGAAGGUUUGACGUUAUCCAAAUUGAAACUGAAGCACAAAAAGAGGCUGCAAUCUUACUUGGAUCCAGAUCACGGUGCAGGAAUCAAAAAUUGGAUGCAUAUUGGUCACCAAUUGUGCCUAGAUGACAGAGAGUUAUCAGCACGUGUUGAUAGUUUGCGGUUGCAUUACGCAGGAGGAGGGAGUCCAGCUAUGGCUUUACUGCAAUCUUUGGCCAUUAAACACCCAGAAAUUACUGUAGAACGGUUCAGGGUAGUUGCCAAAGAUCUUGAUAGAAAUGACAUCGCGUUGUACAUCCGCGACAAUCAAAUUGAUGUAAAUGAACAGCUCCGAAAUAUUGACCACGAACAUUUGGAGAAAAUCACUAACAUGCUAAACAAGCAGGUAGCUGGUAUCUCUGAUUGGCGUUCAUUUGCAGACGAAUUUAAUUACAGCACGCACGACAUUUCAAAUUUUGCGACAACAAUUAAAGGCCAGAAUAGCUACUCGCCAACUUUGAAGCUGCUUGAGUUGUUGCAAUAUUCAAAACCGACUUUGACAUUAAACCAGUUUGCAACUGCUUGUGAGAGAUUGCAGAGAAGGGAUGUUAGUAAAUACAUUAGGGACGUCAUUCAAGAACUUGAGGGAAAUUGAUAGUACAACAGCUAGGAAUUAUUUGUCUAAAUGCAAAUCAACUCGACUAGAAGAUUGGCCACAAUUUUUUGUGAUGACAUUCUACAAUUAAAUUGAUUUCAAGAUUUACGUACAUUGUUUGGAUUGCAACUUUUUCUUAAAGCAAUGCUUCUUAUAUAUAUGUAUAAUUUGUACUUCUGCAUUGAAUUGAGAAUAAAACGAAGUAACGUUUACUUUACGACAAAUGUGAUGUUGGUUAGGUCUAGGUAUUGCGAUAUGUUUCUAAGUUUGUACAUUGCAAAAGGUACAAACUUACACGUGAAACUGCACUUUAGUCUUCUGCGUACAAGGUACUAUGAAAAGUGGAAAGCACGGGGACAGAAACAAAAUAUACAAAACUCAACUUUACAAUUUCUACUUUGAUGAGACUUAAGUGUUUUAUAUAGUAUAAUUUUUUUUAUAUAUAUAUUUUAUGUUGGUUAUUAAUUUUAAAUUCACUUAGACUCUAGGUACCUUUUGUAGGUUAUUAAAAUCGUAGAUAGUGAUACAAAAAUGGCAUAAAAAGUCACCAAAUCGUUAUUUAUUUGGCGGGUGUGCUCUUCCAGGGUCUGUUCAGUAUUUUUAUCUAAACGGAAGUAGGUUCCGUGGCAAGGUUAGGUGUAAUGAUAUUUUUUUGCAUUUAUAUAAUAAUAAUAAAACCUAGAAUUUCUGCAGAGCGUCUCACAAUUGUUAAGACAAGAAAAACUGUUCUCAUCUUUGUUCUACAUUAUUAGUAUUUCAAAGUUCUUAAAGCUGGCUUCACAUGGACGACAAAAUAGUUUAAGACUCUCACAACGAAAAUAAAAUGUCUUUAAAACAGGUAUGUUUACAUAGAGAGAAAUUAUUUUCUAAGAUGUUAAAUCUAAACGUUGAUUUGUUGAAUUUUUAAAGAAUUUAUCUAUUUUGCACUGUUUCUUAGCUACAAAACACAAAAUAUGUACAUAAGGUGAAUAAUAUAAUUAUGCCAUUUUUAAAACCAGAACUAACGACAAAACAAUAGAGCAGGUGGCGUCUUCAGCUUAAACAUGUUUUAAGAAUCAAACUGAUUUGUUUCUUAAAAUUGGUUAAACGACGGUUUAGCGUAGAACAGUUUUUACGCCUUAAAAUUAAAACUAACCUGUUCAUAUAAAAAUAAAACUGGUUUUGAGCGACUUUAACGUUUUAGUACCAAGCUCUUAAAACAUAUUUUGUCCUCCAUGUGAGAACCCUUUAUAAACAUGAAGAUAUAAAUAUUUCGUUUGAGAAUUAAAUUUUCUAAAUCUAGUCAUAUUAUAAUUUACUUCCUUCAUUUAAAACAUACGUAGGUAGAAGUAAAUCUUGUUUUUAUGAACAAGAGUAAGUUUUUUGCAAAUGCUGUAUUGUAUACUGAGAUAAUUUAGUACUUUUUUAAUUUUUGAUAAGAUAUCAAUGACACAAGACUUUAAACACAAAAGCUUACCCUUAUAUUUUUUGGAUCGUUGUAAAACUAAACACGAUAAUUAAAAGUAUGUCAUAAAAAUGAGUUCAAAAAAAUAGUAAUGUGGUUUGGAGUCUAUAUGCUUCGAAAGUUAAAUCACAACGAGACAGCUGCUCAGCUGGUUAUAAAAACCAGUUGGUACUUCAAGGAAGCGAAUUUCGCGUAUUUUUGUUCAUUUUGCGAAAAUUAGUUCUUGCGAAAAUUAUUGGGAAACUUACUUUUCGCGAAAUUCGCAAAAUUAAUUCCUGCGAUAUUUGGAUUAUUUUUCCAUUUUGAAAAACGAUUUUCACUAUUUUUUUCUUCUUAUUUACUUAGAACUGCAUUUAAUGAUAUAAUAUAUGUUAAUUUUAACUUGAGCAAUCUUUAUUUUAUGUCUCCUAUAUAAAAGCUCUUGAAAAACGGUAUAAAUUGCGAAAUAUUAGGACUUGUCAACAACGUUUAUGGUGUUAAAAACAUAAUAUGUCCUUGA